AUGCUGGCAAAGGACAUCCGACUCCCUCUGGACAACGUGCCUGAACGCACCAACCCGCGAUUCUUAAGUUUCGCCGAACUACAAGCAAUUGUAGCAGAGCAAAACAAAAGGAUCGACUCCGUAGCUGAAGAGAUCAAGUCCAUGCAGCAAAAAGACCACAAGGAACGGAUGAGGGUUGAAGCCCUGAUGGAACAGGUUGAAGCCCAGAUGGAACAGGUGAAUCUACUACGUAAACAGGCUCAGAUGGAUGCCAUCCACGACUUUUUCAGAUCGAUCGAAUCGACUCUCUGCCGUCGACUUGGGAUUGAAGAAGACUCUUGCAUAGAUACUCUCACCAAAGCCCUCAAAUCAGGACCAACCACCUGGGCCGAGCUGAAGACCAUCCUGAACCUCGAUGAGAAAGAAGAUGAAGAAUGGCUUCUUGCAACAAUCAACGGGAUCAAGGAGGAGACACUGGCCAAAUGCGCACACGCCAGUAACACCUCUGAUGAACAGCUUGUCCUGUCAACCAGUCUGGUCAACCUUGCUCAGAACAACUUCUCCCUCACUCCCCCACAACUCGACAUCCUCCAAAAGCUUGUGGACUGGGUUCGUGUUCAGGACUAG